UAUAGUGGAGGGGCCACAGCAUUAACACCCAGAAAGUCUUGCUUCUCCCAUUGUCACAGCCUUGGAUCCAAGCAGAUAUCCAGCAGGGCUCUCCCUCUCAGGCAUCUGCCUGCAGCCUGCUUGUAGCCCAGUUCAAACAUACAGGGGACUCCCCACUUACACAGGGGUUACGUUCCAGCCUCCCCCCUUGCAGAAGGGAAAUUGUGUAAAGUGAGGAGCACCCUCUAAACACCUUUUAAUUGCCCUCUUUUCCCAUAGAAUGUGCUCUUGUUAGUUUAAUGGAUUGUGCUAUUCAAUUUCUCUGCCUCGUUUCAUUUGCCAGCCCUGGUCCUGCAAAAUAGGAGAUAGCUGAACUGUAAUCUGAUUUUAUAGUUUUAACUCGUUUUUACUUUCGUUGUAUGAAGUCUCCUGCACACUGCUUAGAGACAACCAUAGUAAGUGGUAAACAAACUGUUAAAGUAAUUUUUAAAAUGCACAGAGCCCCCAAAGCAGAAAGCACUGAAUACAGCAGAAAGGGCGGAACAAGGAACAAACGACCAGUAACGUAUUGUUUUGUUCCUCCUAAAGCCAUCCUCCCCACCCCAAGAAAAGGGAAGAGACAGAAAGACAUUUCUGAGUAAGAGUACCUCUUAGCUCAGCCUAUACCUCUUUAUGCUGCCAUGGCCUCCAGUCUAUAUACUGUUAUCACACUUCUCUGGACUCUUCAAGAUGGUGGGACUCUCCACGUGUAUAAUGGCGGUCUAAUCAAGAUUGCUUUUGCCAAUGAAGAAAUUAAUGCACUCUGCAAAACAAACGUAAUGUAUAAACCAGAUUAUACAAAAUUCAUCCUUAGCUAUUAUCGGAUUGACUCAGAAAGCAAGGAGAUCACAGUCAUGCAAUCUCUACAGUCUGUGGAAAUUCCUCCCGGUCGUGAGAACAAGUCAGAGACAUUAUAUUAUCCAUUUAAAAUAAAGCCUUUUAUGCAUUCCUCUGUUUCUGGUACCUACUACUGCAAAGCUCUUUGGAUACUUAAAAACCAAGUAAGAAGGGGAAAUGGGACAUUUAUCCUUUUCAGAGAAAAAGGAUAUACAGAGCCCCCUCUUACCAUGUGGGUGUGCCUUAUCACCAUCACCAUUAUUUUGACUGUUGCAAGCAUCAUGGGAACUGUCCUGCUGUUCUGGAAGAGAGAGUGGAGACAGAUCAAGAAGUGCCCUGCUCAGAGGCCAGUCCCUCCACACACUUCAGGCAGCUCAGAACCUCCAGAGCCCUCAUAUGUUGAAUUAGGACCCCGGGAACCCGAUGUCUAUUUUGCCAUUAAUAAAAGUACAGAUAGUCCAUUGCACAAAAAGGUGCCAGCAGUCAAGGUGUCUCGACAGAUAACGCAAGAAAUCACAGAUGUGUAUGAGAACAAUACAGCAGAUUUGUAUGAGAACAUCUAAGGAGAGAGAGCUACACUGCACAGCCCUGC